GCACUGAAUCUUUUAAUGCCAGUGAGAUCACAAGUGAAUCAUUUGUGCCCCACAGGAAUUGUUCAGUGGCAGUGAACCUGCCAGUUCUACCCAAAGGAGAACACUCUAUGGAUUUGGCAAAUAUUACUAACUACCUCAUUGAAGAAAAGCUAAUGAGGCCCCUCAGAGACUUCUAUAACAUCAACCCCGUAGCAGAAUACUACAGAUUCAAACGGAGGAUGAUGGAGAGUCCAUUUGAAUAUCAUGCUGUGUUGAUGGGGAACAAACAUGUUAUGACUUUUGAUGGAAGAAUUUAUGAUCUGGCAUCAAAGUGCAGUGUGCUUCUUGCCAAGGAUUUUGUUCACAGCACCUUCACUGUAGUGCUGAACCAGGAGACCAGUGGCUCAAGAUCACUCUAUGUGGAGAUGAACCAGACAGUGUUUGAUCUGUACCCAGGACUGAAGAUGUACAAGGUGUACAAUCUUUCCCUGGCAGAAGAGAGUUGCCAAAGUCUUGAUUUUGAUCUGUCUCUUGAAAAAAAUGGCCUAAUUGCAAGAAAAGAAGCUAAUAAAAUAGAAGUGUCCAGUCAGAGUGGAGUUUCUGUCUCCUGUGACUUUCAUCAUGACCUCUGUACCAUUACAUUGAGUGGAUGGCAUCAUGGUGUAUCAGCUGGUCUUUUUGGCACUAAUGACAAUGAAGCUGGAAAUGAAUGGAUGCUUUCUAACCACUCCCAUUCCAGCAGCAUUAAGGAAUUUAUACGGAGCUGGCAGGUGACCAGUCAGUGCAGCCAUGUACAGAAGAAAGUGAAGGCAUGUCCCAUCACAGUAAAGCAAAAAUUUUGUAAAAUGUUUUUUCAAGAAGCCCGCUCUCUUCUCAGGAACUGUUUCAAAGUUGUGGACCCAGAACCAUUCUAUGCCAUGUGUUCACAAGACUCUUGUGGAUCCAGUGAGUUGAAAGCUGCUUGCAACUUGGCAGCAGCAUUUGUCCACUUGUGCAACAGAAAUUUUGUCCCCUUGGACAUUCCUCCUCAAUGUGUUUGAUUGCUCCGAAUGGUAACUGCCAAUCCUGAUGAUGGAAAAGCUUUUUCAGUAUUGAAAUAAUUCAACUUUCUGAUUAGACCUGCUAGAAGCAACAGCGUGGAAACCAGCAAGUUUCAGCUAAAGCAGUGAUUUAUAACUCAGACUAUCAUGAAAUGGGUUGUGUAAAAGAAAAGCUUUUUGGGCUAAUUAGCUUGAAAAAAGUUUAAUUAUUACAGUUACAUGUUAUGAUGUUGAAAUCACAUCAGAGUAACGUGGUCAUAAGAAAAUGUAUGCUACAGUAACAUUUUUAAAACCCCGUUCACUGGAAAAAAUUCUAAUUUAUUCCCAAUUGAAGACACUCAAUUCAAGGUACGAGCCAUUAUUUGAAUAAUUAAAACAAUCAAGUUGCCUCUCCUAUCCCAAGUCAGCAGAAUCUUGCCCUGUUAAAACAGCACACACAGCUUUGAGUUGACACAGAGGCAUAUCUACUGUUUGUUUAGAGCUCAAACUCCGUCAUUUGCUGGGUUCUGGAA